UCCAAAUCUACACGUGAACCAAAGAGAGACACUGUGGGUUUGCAGGGAGAUCGGAGACUAGUUCCAUGGGAGCUUCAAAACUCCAAGCUUUGUGGAACCACCCUGCUGGCCCUAAAACCAUUCACUUCUGGGCUCCGACAUUUAAAUGGGGUCUGAGCAUAGCAAAUGUUGCAGACUUCUCAAAACCACCUGAAACGCUCUCAUAUCCUCUGCAAAUAGUAUCAGUUCUGCAAUGGAGGCCUUUGCUGAGAAUAUGGUCUGCAGUUGUUGCAUGCAGUGGGCUUAUUUGGAGUCGAUAUGGCAUGGUGAUUACGCCGAGAAACUGGAAUCUUUUCAGUGUUAAUCUGGCAAUGGCUGGAACAGGGAUGUAUCAACUGUCACGCAAAAUUCAGCAUGACUACCAUUCCAAAACAGAAGCAGAAAUCACAAACGAAUGACCACAAAUAUGUUACAAGGGUUUAUGUCUUAUGAAUUCCUCUAGAAUUUGAAUAUGGCUUUGGAUUGUAGAUGGUUUGGUUAAUUUGUUGUUGAUUUGCAUAUUUUCCAUUCUACUGGUUUGAUGAACUGAAGGUGCAUAUAUCACUCUGAAUUCAAACCUUGACCAAAUUCUACCCACCAUCUGGUCAGUACAGAGUAGAUAAUUUCACCCAACUACUAAGAUCCUUUGUCCAACCACACAUUUGAUGAUCACCAAGAAGCAUUUUUGGGGGCCAAA